CCAUCUAACCCUGAGAAGGAAGUGGAGAGGGAUGUUUUCUUAUUCCGAGCCUACAUCGCCCAGAGAAAAUACGGUGUUGUCCUGGAUGAAAUUAAAGCCAAUGCUAGUCCUGAGCUCCAAGCAGUGAGGAUGUUUGCAGAAUAUCUUUCAAAUGAGAGUCAAAGGGAUGCAAUUGUUGCCGAUUUGGACAAGAAAAUGGCAAAAAGCGUUGAUAUAGCCAACACUACUUUCUUGCUGAUGGCUGCUUCCAUCUAUUUCCACGACAAAAAUCCUGACGCAGCUCUGCGGGCGCUGCAUCAAGGGGAGAGCUUGGAAUGCAUGGCCAUGAUGAUACAGAUUCUUCUGAAGCUCGACAGGCUCGAUCUGGCUCGCAAGGAGCUGAAGAAGAUGCAGGAGCAAGACGAGGACGCGACUCUUACCCAGCUGGCAACUGCCUGGGUGAACCUGGCCAUAGGUGGCGAGAAGUUACAGGACGCCUAUUACAUCUUCCAAGAGAUGGCAGACAAAUGCUCCUCCACCCUCCUCCUGCUCAACGGACAAGCUGCUUGCUAUAUGGCUCAGGGCAAGUGGGACGAUGCAGAGGGAGUGCUUCAGGAGGCGUUGGACAAGGACAGCGGCCAUCCCGAGACCCUGAUCAACUUCGUUGUCCUGUCACAGCACUUGGGCAAAGCGCCGGAGGUGACGAAUCGCUAUUUGUCCCAGUUGAAAGAUGCGCACAAAACCCACCCGUUCAUCAAGGAGUAUCAGGCAAAGGAGAACGACUUUGACCGGCUGGCCAUGCAGUACGCCCCCAGCGCCUGAGGAGAGGGGAACGGGGCUGCGGACCUGCUCCCUGCUCCCUUGGGAACUGGGGUUGAUGGGCAAAGCCUCGCUGGUAGCACGGGAAAACGCCCUCGGCGACUCACCCUGGCUUAGCUCGCUGCGCCAGGGUCU